CGCAUUGUAGUGUACGUCAUAUUGCGUAGAUGUAAUAAAUUCCUUAACCUCGAUAGUUGUCGAUACUGUAGAUGUCAACUUUAACAAUAUCUCGGUUUUCGGGGCAGAGCGACAUUUUUUCCUCCAAAUUCUUUUGUUUUAUACAAAAACGCAUUGAAUAAAUCUAAAUUUCAUUGAUUUUUAAGCUGUGGAAGACUCAUCUAAAUAAUUACCGCGAUAUUCCUAAUAUAGAUAGAAAGAAAGUUUGUGGAUGUUUGUUAUAAGUUGAGAAUGAAAAAGUCAAAUUCCAAUAAUAUUGCUGCGAAUGAUGCUUCAAUGCCUAACGUGACUGAAGAACUACUUGCACCAAUUGACAUCACUAUGAAACUAGAUUUAUUAGAAAAUCCAGUAAAGCCUCCAAUAGUGAUUUAUAAACAUACAAGUCACUGGGACAAACUUAAGAUGGGAUUAGAACCGGCUGAUCAACAGAUUGUGGACAGAUUACGAAAGCUAAAAGAUGAGGAACGAAACAUUCCAUUGCCUACAGUUGAGGAGAUAAAGCAAAGAUUGGCAUUAUUGAAAGAUCAAAAUCCAGAAGCCAGUGGAAGUAACAUCAUAAAUGUAUAUCGAAUAGAUACUAGAACAAAUCAAGAGAAAGCAGAGGAUUUAAUUCAGGAAUAUCUUGCGCCAAUGGAGCUGCCUUCAACUAGCGAUCUUUGUAAAGAUAUCGAAGAGAUGCUCAACUCCUUACAGGAUGAUGGCAAUAGAACUCGUUUUGAUCAAUGCAUGAAGGAAGAAAUUGACAUUUACAAAAAGUUAUGUGAUACGACAAGUAGCGACAACACAGAACUAAUUAACAAAAUUUCAGCAAUGGAAAUAGAUGUAUGUAUUCGUGAUUUAUAAGCGUGCAUUUUUAGC